AUGGCCAGAGAUGCCGUUGCUCAUGACAUCCGCGCCGUCAACGGGAAUCUCAGCGCCAACGCAUCCGUUGAUGAUGGCUUUAUUCGGAAGGCCAUCGAUAAGUCUAAUCUGAAUGCCCUUCGACUUGCUCUGCUCCAAGUCACGGGCGAUCCAAGACUAGCCAAGAUGAGCACUCGCCGCCGCGCGAUCCGUGGGGGCGCCAUGUAUUCUCACGUUCUAUGCGAUGAGGACACACCACUCCUAAAGGAGAUCGCUUUCAACUAUCUAUCCAAGCGCAAGUCUGACGAUGCUGUUCCGCCGCCCCCCUCCAAAGAAGAGACUAGAAAGCUCUUGGACCUAUUUGGGGACGAGCCAAUUCAAGACGUCGAGUUCAACUACAACUACGAAGAGUUAGCCUUUGAAGAGUUCCCUAGGAAUGCCCAAUGGAGCGACAAAAAGCCCUCGGCCGAUAAAAUCGCGGACUUCAAGAUAGUCAUCAUUGGAGCUGGCAUCAGCGGCCUCGCUGCCGCGGUUCAGUUCAAGAACCUCGGUCUCAACUUUGAAGUUCUAGAGCGUCAGCAAGGCAUCGGCGGCACAUGGCUCUUGAACACUUACCCAGAUGCACGGGUUGAUACGUCAAGUUAUCUCUUCCAGUUCAAGUUUCUCAAAAACUAUCCGUGGUCGGAAUACUUUGCGAGAGCGGGAGAGACGCGAGGGUACCUCGAGUACGUUGCGGAAAAGUACAAUGUCAAGGAUCGUUUCCACUUUAACCGAGAAAUUAUCAACGCGGUCUGGGACGAAGAUGCGAGCAAGUGGAACCUCACGAUUGAACAUUCAAACGGCGAGGUCGAGAACAUGACCUGCAACGCUAUUGUCAGUGGCAGCGGUCUGUUUGCUACCCCUAACCUGCCAGACUUUCCCGGUCUGAAGGACUUCAAGGGCCCUGUCUUUCAUACCGCCAAGUGGGAUCAUAGCGUGGAUUACCGUGACAAGCGAGUCGCUCUGGUCGGUACUGGCUCGACUGGUACCCAACUUGCUUCUAGGGUUGCUUCCGAAGCCAAACAAUUCACUGUCUUUCAACGUACGCCCAACUGGAUCAUGCACAUGGACGGCUACGGCGCCAAGAUAGACGAUGAGGUACGCUUCAUCUUCGACACGAUGCCGUAUUACUGGAACUGGUUCUGUUAUUCAGCUCAUGUUGCAUCUCAACAACUACAGUACAUGCAGACCCAUGAUCCAGAAUGGAGAGCCAAGGGUGGUAUCGUCAAUGAGAGAAAUGACCUUGCCCGCAAGAAUCUCACAGAGUAUAUCAAGUCCAAAUCUGAAGGAAUACCAGGUUUGUUGGAGAAGAUCCUGCCUGAUUAUCCUCCGUUGGUUCGCCGGCUCGUCGUAGACAAUGGGUUCUACGAUAUGCUUCGUCGCGACAACACGACACUCGUCGCCGAGGAUAUCAGCCGGUUCACAGAAAAUGGGAUAGUUUCUUCAAGCGGCCAAGAGCACGAGUUUGACGUGGUGAUUCUUGGAACUGGCUUCAAAGUGUCGGAUUACUUCUGGCCUUGCAAGUAUAUCGGCCGCGAUGGAACUACUCUGGAGGAUCUCUGGAGUAAGGACGGUCCUCGCUCAUAUCUUGGACUCACCAUGCCCGGCUUCCCCAACUUCUUCUCCCUCUACGGUCCAAACCACCAACCCCGCUCAGGAGGGUUCUACUCGUGGGGAGAGAUCUGGUCGCGAUACGUGGCUAGCUCCAUUGUCCAUCUGCUUGAGAAUGGCAAGAAGUCGAUCGAGUGCCGAAAAGAAGUCUUCGAUGAGUAUAACGCGAAGCUUGAUGAGAAGGCUAAGGAGCUCAUAUGGGAGAUGGAAGGAAGUGGAUAUUAUGUCAACAGCUUCGGUAGGCAAAGUGUGAAUGCUCCAUGGUUUACGUACGAUUACCACAGCAUGGUUUUAGCGCCCAAUUUCAAUGAUUUUGAGGUCAGGUAG